GGCAGAGCGGGCGCAUGGAGGAGGCGGGCGCCGCGGGCAGCGCCGGGGCGCCCGGCAAGGGGAGGCCGCUGCAGCCCCCGGCCAAGGGGCGGGAGCUGUUCAGGAGCCAGCGGAAGGAGUCCGAGGGCUCAGUGGACUGCCCCAAUGUGGAGUUUGAGUACGGGGAUGCUGACGGCUACGCUGCUGAAUUAUCAGAGCGCCUUUCAUUCCAAAGGGCUUUACAAGUCAUCCACAGCAGAGAGGAAUUACGUCACCCUUCCCGGAAAUGUAUCCGCUUCUGGGGUGGAGCAAGAGCUACCUAACUGUGCUACAGAACUGUACAGCUACACGGAGGAGCCGGAGUUCACCAUCAACAGGAAGUGCUUCGAAGAGGAUUUUCAAACUCAAGUGCAGGGCAAGAGAUGGCCGGAGCUGGACCUGGCUCAGCAGAAGGCCUAUGUGAUGCGGUUGCUGGAUGGGCUGGAGGUGGUCAAUAGGGACAAGAGGCUGAAAGCAGCACGAGCUGUCCUUUAUUUGGCACAAGGUGUAUUUGGCGAGUGUGACAUGGAAGCGGAGGUCCUGCAUUGGUCUCGGCACAAUAACUUCCUGCUGUACCAGAUGGGGACUUUCUCAGCCUUCCUGGAGCUACUGAACAUGGAAAUAGACAAUAGCCAGGCUUGCAGCAGUGCCCUGAGGAAACCAGCCAUCUCCUUAGCAGAUAGUACAGAGCUCAGGGUGCUGCUGAGCGUCAUGUACCUGAUGGUGGAGAACAUCCGUGUGGAGGCGGAGGCUGACCUGCCCGAGUGGAAGAGCUCCCGGGAGACCUUCAGGACAGAGCUGAGUUUUCCUGUGCACAGCGAAGAACCAUUUGCUCUGUUGCUCUUCACCAUGGUGGCCAAGUUCUGCAGUGGGCAUGCCCCGCACUUCCCCAUGAAGAAGGUCCUGCUCCUGCUGUGGAAGGUGCUUCUGUUCACUCUGGGGGGAUUUGAAGCCCUCCAGGCCAUGAAAAUGAGGAAGCGGGAGGAGCUGGGCCUGCCGCCUCUCCCGGAGGACAGCAUCCAGGUCAUGCGCCGCAUGCGGGCUGCAUCGCCUCCCACCUACACCAUCGAACUCCUGGACCAGCAGCCGUCGAAACGCGGGCACCGGAGCAGGCGGCCCCUGGUGAAGCAAGAUAGCCUGGACAUGUAUAAUGAGAGGGACCCUUUCAAGAACGAUGAGGCUGGAGUGGAUGAAGAGGAAAAUGACGAUGUAGACAGCGGGAUUGAGGGGGAGCUGGACCUGAUGGAGCAAGAUGCGAUCAUCCAGGCUGUGCCAGCUCAUCGUCUACCCAUCGAGCGGGUGUCCUUCCCCAAAGGGCUUCCUUGGGCACCCAAAGUCAGACAGAAGGACAUUGAGCAUUUCCUGGAGGCAAGUAGGAACAAAUUCAUUGGAUUCACCCUCGGACAGGACACGGAUACCUUAGUAGGGUUACCCCGGCCCAUCCACGAAAGUGUGAAGACUCUAAAGCAGCACAAGUAUGUCUCUAUCUCGGAUGUUCAGAUCAAAAACGAAGAGGAGCUGGAGAAGUGUCCCAUGUCACUGGGGGAGGAGGAAGUUCAGGAGACCCCCUGUGAGAUGCUCUAUCGGGCAAUGUUAUACAACCUCCCGCAGUAUAUGAUUGCUUUGCUGAAGAUUCUCCUGGCUGCAGCACCCACCUCCAAAGCCAAGACCGACUCCAUCAACAUCCUGGCAGAUGUGUUGCCUGAGGAGAUGCCCAUCACAGUUCUUCAGAGCAUGAAAUUGGGGGUCGAUGUAAACAGACACAAAGAGAUCAUUGUGAAGAGCAUUUCGGCCACGCUGCUGCUGCUGCUGAAGCAUUUCAAACUGAACCACAUCUACCAGUUUGAGUACGUGUCUCAGCACUUGGUGUUUGCCAACUGCAUCCCACUGAUCCUGAAGUUCUUCAACCAGAAUAUCAUGUCCUACAUCACUGCCAAAAACAGCAUCUCUGUCCUGGAUUAUCCACACUGCACAGUUCAUGAGCUGCCUGAGCUCACUGCGGAAAGCCUGGAAGCUGGGGACAACAAUCAGUUCUGCUGGAGGAACCUGUUCUCCUGUAUUAACCUGCUAAGGCUCCUCAACAAGCUGACCAAGUGGAAACAUUCUAGGACAAUGAUGCUGGUGGUUUUUAAAUCCGCCCCGAUCCUGAAACGCGCUCUGAAAGUGAAGCAGGCCAUGAUGCAGCUGUAUGUGCUGAAACUCUUGAAGAUCCAGACCAAGUACCUUGGGCGCCAGUGGAGAAAGAGCAACAUGAAAACGAUGUCUGCCAUUUACCAGAAAGUGCGUCACCGCAUGAACGAUGACUGGGCUUAUGGCAACGAUAUUGAUGCCAGACCAUGGGAUUUCCAAGCUGAAGAAUGCACACUAAGAGCCAACAUUGAAGCCUUUAAUAGCCGGAGAUAUGAUAAAUCCCAGGACUCAGAGUUUGCACCGGUGGACAAUUGCUUGCAGAGUGUGCUGGGGCAACGGCUGGAGCUCCCUGAAGAUUUCCAGUACUCGUAUGAACUCUGGCUAGAAAGAGAGGUGUUUUCUCAGCCAAUCCGCUGGGAAGAGUUGCUACAUUUUCAGUGACAAUGACAGGAUUACCUGAACCAAAUACUGUCACAGUAAGGCUUUGAGAUACUACUUCCUGGGGAAAGGGGAGGUCACUCUCUGACUGGGGGGUUCUGUAGUCUGGCUAAAAAUCUCCCUUGUCAGAAUUGACUUUUUAUAACUAUUCAGACACCCUAAAGUAUGGUGUCCCUAUCUUUUAGAGACCUUCCCUUUCCUCCAAUCUUUUAGAGACCAUCUAAUGUAAACAGAACUGCACGUAGAGGUUGAGGGCCAAAUUCUGCUGUUACACUGGUGACAAUCUAGAGAAACUUGACCGACAUCAGAGGAGUUUACUCCAGGUUUACACUAGGAUAAUGGAAAUCAGAAUCUGGCUCGGAGUAUCUUAACUUCUUUCUUAGCGUUGUUCAUGUAUGAUAAGCUUGCUACAUUUCUAUACUGUGAAAGGUCUUUGCCUUGCCUGACUGCCCUGAACUGUGCCUAAUACACACCUAGAUUAUACACGUAAUACCUCAAAAGAUUGAAAGUAAACAAUAACUAGCGAUAUAUGACCAUCCCAGCAGAGGCUACAGACUGAAUAAGCCAAUGGAAACUAAACUACCUUUUUGCCUCUAGAGGUGAAACCUCACUGCUGCUUGCGUUGUAUAACCUAGGAUUUUGGUUUCCAGAGCUGACAGUGUUGCAUCUUUUGCUACACCUAUCAAUCCAGCACUUUCCUCCCUCACUACAUUCAUUUAACUUUGUAUUGAAGUAAAAUGAACAGUAAGGUAUCUCUGAUGUACAAGUCCUUGCCGUAAAGGAGUUAGACAGACUGAGGUCUGUUCUACUUAAUAUUUCAGUGAGCCUGGACUUAUUUGACUAGACGUUACCAACCUAAACUGCAAAAGGUGCCACAUAAGAGAUUCUCUCUCUUGUCUAUUGUAGGUGCCCAGUUAAUUUACAAUUAUUUGUUCUUCUCCUUCCAGAGAAGAUAGGGCAGCAGGGCCGUUUUUAUGAAGUGCAAUUACUGUAACCUGCUAGAUUUCUACUUAGCUCUUCCUGUUGCCUUGUAAAAUGUCUUGCUGAAAGUGACCCUUCUGACUUUUUGAGACACAGGAAUUUGUUUGGUGUUGGGGGGCUAUUCUUUGUGCUCUAUCGUAAAAUGGUGUGUGUGUGUGUGUGUGUGUG